AUGUGCCAGGAAAGUGAAAGGCGUGCUCUGCUUCAGCUUAAGCAAGGCCUUGUGGACGAGUUUAAUGUUCUUGCCUCUUGGGGAAGCAAGAAAGAUUGUUGCGAGUGGAGAGGAAUAGCAUGCAACAACCAAACAGGUCAUGUCAUCACCCUAAAUCUCUCUAAUAAUUCUUCUGAUGAUUACAUUGAUGCUGAAGCUUCUUUAAGAGGUGAAAUUGAUCCUUCACUACUUGAAUUGCGAUAUCUAAAUUACUUGGACCUCAGUUUUAAUGAUUUUGGAGGAAUUAUGAUUCCCAAGUUCAUUGGCUCUUUGACUCGAUUGAAAGAACUCAAACUUGCAAGAGCUAAUUUUAGUGGACCUGUUCCUUCCCAACUUGGAAACCUCUCUAAUUUGCACACUCUCGAUCUUGAAGGCAACUCUGAUGUGAGCUUUGAAAGUCUCGAGUGGUUAUCUCAUCUUUCUUCCUUGAGAUACCUUAACAUUUCUGAAAUAGAUUUGUCUCGGAAUAGAAAUUGGCCACAAUCUUUAAGCAAGCUGACUUCAGUGAUAGAGCUUCAGUUAUUUGAGUGUGAUCUCAGUGUCAAUCUAAGAUCACUUUCCUCUAUCAAUUCUUCAGCCUCUUUCCAAGCCAUUGACCUCUCUUUUAAUUCUCUUAAUUCUUCAAUAUUUUAUUGGAUAGCCAAUGUUAGCAGCAGCAACCUUGUCCAUAUUGGAUUGAGUGGUAAUUACUUACAAGGUCCCAUCCCAGAUGUUUUCACAAACAUGGCUUCUCUAAAAUUUCUUGACCUGUCUGAAAACCAAUUUGAAGGUGGAAUACCAAAAUUCUUUCAAAGCUUACGCAGCUUAGAGUCCUUGCAUUUAGAGUGGAACCAAUUCUCUCAAAACAUUGAGGAGUCUGUAAAGAUCUUGUCUUGUGCUGAUAAUACACUCAUGGACUUGGACUUGAGCCAAAACCGAUUUUGGGGUUCAUUAGGGCUAGAUUUUACAAGUUUUACAGAGCUAAAAUUUUUAUCCCUUUCCCAAAAUCUGCUAAAUGGUUCUCUACCAGAGAGUAUAGGGCAACUUUCUAGCCUUGAAGCUUUGGACCUUUCUGGGAAUUCGUUGAAUGGUGUCAUAACAGAAGCCCACUUUUUGAACCUCUCUCGUUUACAGGCCCUGGAUGUUUCUGAUAAUCCGGCUUUGUCUAUCAAUCUGAGCUCAAAUUGGAAUCCACCAUUUCAACUUAAUGAGUUGUACAUGUCCUCUUGCAAAGUGGGCCCAGCUUUCCCCAAAUGGAUUCAAACGCAGAGAAAUCUUACUAAUCUUUGUAUCAACAAUGCUGGAAUAUUGGACUCAUUGCCUGAGAAAUUCUUGGAUCAAUUUUCUGGCUUAGAGGACCUAGAUCUUUCCCUGAACCAAAUCCAUGGCAAAUUGCCGAAUUUUUCCUCAAGCUUAUUGACAUAUGUCAACUUGUCUUCUAAUCUGUUUUCUGGUGCAUUGCCAUCAUUCCCUCCAACAAUCCAAUAUUUGAUCCUCUCGGGAAACAAGCUUUCUGGACCCCUGAGUUCCUUGUGUGCAACACAGGCUCCAAAUUUCUUCCUUCUCGACCUUUCUGUGAACCUAUUGUCAGGGGAACUUCCUAAAUGCUGGAUGCAAUUUCCGGCAUUACAGUUACUGAAUUUAGGAAAGAAUAAAUUUUCUGGGAAACUACCAAGCUCGUUAGGCAAUUUACAAUUAUUGUGGAUAUUGCAUUUACAUGGUAACAACUUUUCUGGAGAACUGCCUUCUUUGGAGAACUGUACAAAACUAGGAGUUCUUGACCUUGGAGCAAAUAAAUUAUCCGGAAAAAUCCCACCAUGGAUAGGCCAAAGCCUAACACAGUUGUUUGUUCUACGCCUACGGUCUAAUGAGUUCCACGGAAUCAUACCCUCAUCCCUGUGCAGUUUAAGCUCCAUUCAUGUUUUGGACCUCUCUCAGAACAAUUUAUCAGGAGCCUUGCCGCAUUGCUUCAGUAACAUAACAGCUUCAUCUGAUGACACAAGUGUUUUUGGAUUUGUAGAAAUAGUGUGGAAAGGAGUAGAGAUUGAGUUUGGGGGAAAUCUUGCACAUGUGAGAAGCAUUGACAUUUCAAGCAAUCACUUGGUUGGGGAUAUUCCUGAAAAUAUAACAAGCAUGCUAAUGUUGAAUUCUCUAAACCUCUCAGGAAACAAUUUGACAGGGAAGGUUCCUGAAAAGUUUGGUAACCUGAACAGCUUAGAAUCUCUUGAUUUGUCAAGAAACCAGAUAUCUGGUAGAAUUCCUUCAAGUUUUUCGAGCUUAAACUUUCUUAGUGUCUUGGACUUAUCAUACAACGACUUGUCUGGAAGAAUUCCUCUAGGCACUCAACUUCAGUCUUUUAAUGCUUCUGCCUAUAUGGGAAAUAGUGGACUUUGCGGACCACCACUUACACAACAAUGCCCUAGAGAUGGAACAAUUACUGGUACUGAAAAUGAUGAUGAUGGUAUCAUAAGCAUGGGAUUCUUUGUCAGUACAGUGCUUGGAUUCGCCACUGGAUUUUGGAUAGUCUGUGGCAGUUUACUGCUUAAGAGCUCUUGGAGACACGCCUAUUUCAGGUUCCUGGAUGAUACAAGAGAUUUGGUUUAUGUCAAAACUGCUGUGUACAAGGCAAAAAUGCAGAGGAGACUUCACAGAUAA